UUUUUUUUUCCCUCCAAAGAUUUACAAUGAACUGUAAUAGAUAAGGAAUUUCGUCUGUGUGUAUUGAGCUAUUACGAUUUCCUCUUUAUGUAUCUUCACUGAAAUCGUUUGUGUGGAUAAAAACUUUUCUUGCAUUUUUUGGUGAGGGUGCAAAACCCUAAUUAACACCUCCAUACAUUUAGGGUUUAGGGUUUUAAAAGUAGGAUAUAUACUGAUAUACUUAUAUGUUUCGCAUGUGGUAGCAUUUUUCAUCAGUAGCACACGCCUAAUUUUAUCAUCUCGGUUUCUUGAGUUGUCUAUGAGCAAAUGAUGUUUUACACUUGAUCGCUGAACUUGAGUCCGACUUUGAUUUGAGUAGGGAUGUCCGGGUGGAGAUACCAAAACAUUGGAGUACUUCUUUAGGUGGUCUGUACAAGUUCAGGAAGAAAUGGAACAUCUAUAAGUUCAAUAACCUUGGCAAUGGAUUCAGUGCUGUGCAAUUUUCAUGCAAUAUUUGGAAGACAAAGUUAUCCGUUCCUGGGACAGUCUGUUGGUUCUCAUUUCAUCGCAGUUAGGGUAUCAAAUUCUCGGGGAAGCUCAAGCAGUGUAACUCGAACGAAUGCUGGGAAUCCUCACCGGAAAUUAACCAAGAACCUUCGAUACCCUCGGCGUGCAAAACUUCCUCCAGAUCCCAGAAGUAAUCUAUUCUUUCAGAAGAACAACACUAUUGAGGAGGACCUAAAUUGUAAUGAGCUGCCCAACAUUGAUGACGAGGAUGGUGGUGAUGGUUUAGAAUGGAGCGCAGAUGAGGUCGAUGCAAUUUCUUCUCUUUUCCAAGGUAGAAUUCCUCAGAAACCUGGCGAACUGAAUAGGGAAAGGCCUCUCCCACUUCCCCUGCCUCAUAAACUUAGACCAUUAGGGCUUCCAACACCAAAGAGGCAUGUGAGAAUGGCUUCCCCCAUGUUAUCUUCUUCACGAGCAUCUGUAUGUAAGAGAGUUUACAAGAACCCAGAAUUCCUCAUCCAUUUAGCUAAAGAAAUCAGAAGUCUACCAUCGGAUAAAAAUGUUUCUGAAGUUCUUAGCAAAUGGGUUCGAUUCCUCCGGAAAGGAUCACUUUCUAUGACAAUACGAGAACUGGGUCAUAUGGGUCUUCCAGACAGAGCUCUACAGACUUUCUGUUGGGCAGAACAACAACCUCAAUUGUUCCCUGAUGAUCGCAUUCUAGCCUCAACAGUCGAGAUCUUAGCAAGGACCCGGGAACUGAAAAUGCCAUUCGACUUGCAGAAAUUCACAAGCAAAGCAAGUCGGCCAGUUAUUGAAGCUUUAGCAAGGGGUUUCAUAAGAGGAGGAAGUUUAUAUCUGGCUAGAAAGCUCCUUUUAGUAGCUAAGGAUAAUAAUAGAACACUGGAUGCUAGCAUUCAUGCUAAGCUGAUUUUGGAACUUGGGAAGAACCCUGACAAAUACAAGCUUGUAUUAACUUUGUUGGAUGAUCUAGGUGAGAGAGAUGACCUAGAAUUGAGCCAGCAGGAUUGUACAUCAGUCAUGAAAGUGUGUGUAAAGCUCGAGAGAUAUGAUACUGUUGAAAGUUUGUAUAGUUGGUUCAAGGAAUCGGUACGAGAGCCAAGUGUUGUUAUGUACACAACAAUGAUACAUAGCCGGUAUAAGGAGAAGAAAUACAGGGAGGCAUUUGCCUUGAUCUGGGAAAUGGAAGGAUCAAACUGUCUCUUUGAUCUUCCAGCUUAUCAUGUCGCAAUAAAAUUAUUUGUUGCACUGAAAGAUCUCCCAAGGGCUGUUAGAUAUUUUUCGAGACUUAAGGAGGCUGGUUUUGCUGCAACCUUUGACAUUUACAGGGAUAUGAUAAAGAUGUAUGCAGUGUCAGGAAGGUUGGCCAAGUGCAAGGAGCUUUGCAAGGAGAUUGAAAAGGCAGGAUUCAAGUUAGAUAAACAGGUGGAAUCUCUAAUGCUUCAAAUGAUAAAAGAUGUUGGGUCAGUUAAGAGCUGUACUGAGUUUUAAGUAGAGUCAAAUAUUGUAAUUUCUUAAUUGUAUCUGUUGGACAUUGUUAAAAUGAAAUUAGUGGAGCAAAAUCUUAAUCUUAUAGUUGAGCAA